UCUUGCAGUAACGGCCAGUGUUUGCUAUGGCCCAAGGGCUUGUCUCCCCUGGAGGGCUGCUGUCUGAUGAAGAAGCUGCAGUCUCUCCUGUCCUGGAAUCCACUGCAGCAGAAUGUGGGACUGGCUUAUGCAGAGCUCUUUUACCAGAUUUCUCUUCCAUCUCUUUAAGCCAUGAGCAGACUCCUGAUGACAAUGAGAAAGUAAAAGUGUAUACAAGAGUGAGGCCCCUGAAUCCAGCUGAGAUGGAAAAACUUGAGGAUCAAGGCUGCAUCUGUAUUGAGGAUUCCCAGACCCUUUUACUCAAAGCACCCAAGGACUCCUUCACCAUGAAAAACACCGAACGAGGGAUUGGUCAGGCAGUACAUAAAUUCACCUUCACCCGGGUCUUUGGACCAGAGAUUGGCCAGAAAGCUUUUUUUGAUGCAACAAUGAAGGAAGUAGUGAAGGAUGUGCUCCAUGGGCAGAACUGGCUUGUUUAUACUUAUGGUGUCACUAAUUCAGGGAAGACCUAUACUGUCCAAGGAACUGGAGCUGAUGCGGGGAUCCUUCCUCGUUCUUUGGCAAUCAUAUUCAACAGCAUUGGGACACGGCUAUACCAGGCCACAGACCUGAAGCCUUUCCUCUCCAGUGAAGUGAUCUGGCUGAACAGCAAACAGGUUCGUCAGGAGGAAAUCAAGAAGCAAGCUCUGUUGUGUGGCAAGAUGAAGGAGGAGGAGUUGUUUACUUCUGUGAAUAAGAGUCACAGCACAGGACCCCUGUUUCAAGCAGGCACAAGCGCUAGCACUGACAGUGGUGUCGGCGGACUCUCAUCGACCUGCCAUUCUACCAACCAGAUAAGCUCUAACCUGCUAGAAGAGUCUGGUCUUCACUGGGUUGACUUGGAUAAUAUCUCACUGGUGGCAAAUGAUGAUGUGCAAUUUUCCAUCUGGGUGUCCUUUUUUGAGAUCUAUAAUGAGCUGGUUUAUGACUUGCUGGACACAACUGUGGUUGGUCCAUCCCGCAAGAGGCCUGCUUUGCGAUUAUGUGAGGAUCAGACUGGCAACCCCUACAUCAAAGAUCUGAAUUGGAUCAACAUUCAGGAUGCUGAUGAGGCCUGGAAACUGCUGAAGAUGGGUCGCAGAAACCAAAGCUUUGCCAGCACCCACCUGAACCAGAAUUCUAGCCGCAGUCACAGCAUCUUCUCCAUUCGAAUUCUACACCUACAGAGAAGCGGUGAUGAAGUAGACCCAAAGAUUAGUGAGCUGUCGCUGUGUGACCUCGCUGGCUCUGAACGCUGCAAAGAGCAGAGGGCCGGGGAUCGCAUGAAGGAGGCAAAUAACAUCAACACUUCUUUGCACACACUGGGACGUUGCCUCACUGUGCUGCGCCAGAACCAGCAGGCCAGAGCGAAGCAGAGUGUUGUGCCCUUCCGUGACAGCAAGCUAACCCGUGUGUUCCAAGGCUUCUUCACAGGGCGAGGGCAGUCCUGCAUGAUUGUUAAUAUGAAUCCAUGUGCCUCCUCAUAUGAUGAGACUCUCCAUGUGGCUAAGUUCUCUGCAGUUGCCAGCCAGCUUAUACAAGUUCCUUCAAAGGUAGGAGUGCUGGCUGUUCAUUCCCUUCUGAAGGAACAGAACAUUAGAAUAAACAGAGUCCCUGCAACAGUCUCAGAUAAGGAAACAGAAUCCAAUGAAGAGAGUGAAGAUGAAACAGAUGUAACCACAUAUGGCAAAGAGGACCUGUUGCAUGUGGUUGAAGCUGUGCAAAGUCUGCUGCUGAAGGAGCGCCAGGAGAAGCUGCUGCUGGAAAUGCAUCUCCGUGAAGAGAUCUGCAACGAGAUGAUGGAGCACCUGCAAGAGAGGGAACGGUCAAUCAGUGAGCAGGUAGACACCCAGAAGGAGAUUCUGGAGGAGAUGUAUGAGUUUAAGCUUAACCAUCUAAAGGAGAUUCUGACCGAUUACUAUCAAGAAAAGAUUGAGAACCGGGAUGAAAAGAUAGAAGAGCUGGAAGCUGCCUUGCAAGAAGCAAAACAACAACAAGAACUCCAGGUGGGAAAACCACAAGAGCCAGAGGAGCCACUGCGCAGAUCCAAACGAGUGGUGGCAGCAUCUAACCAGCAACAGGAACUGCUGGAGAUGAAAGCCAAGCUAGAACAGUAUCAGGCUGAGCUGAGCACAGCCAAAGAAGAGCUACACAAAUACCGAAGAAUGGUGGAGCCACCACCUUCAGCAAAGGCCAUCACUGUUGAUGUGGACAGGAAGCUGGAAGAAGGUCAAAAGAAUGUGAGGAUGCUGCGUUGUGAGCUACAGAAACUCGGGGAGUCACUUCAGUCAGCUGAAAGAGCUUGUUGUCACAGUACAAGUGCUGGGAAACUCCGUGAGACUCUGUGCAUGUGUGAUGAUAUCCUGAUCAAACAGGAUCAGACUCUGGCUGAGCUUCAAAACAAUAUGACACUAGUGAAGCUGGAUCUGCGGAAGAAGGCAGCCUGCAUUGCUGAGCAGUACCAUACUGUGCAGAAACUCCAAGCAGCACCAACCUCAGCCUUCAAGAAACGGUUCUGUGCCAACAAUGAAAACAUGCAGCCCAAAAGUCAGCCUCCUCUCAAGAAGCCUUUCUUGACCAACUUCCUACCUCGAUCAACAGCCAAGCCUGCUAUUGCAGAGAGCCCCUACACCCGUAUCCUGCGCUCUCGUAGGUCUCCCCCUUUCAAGACCUUGCCCUUUGGCAAAAAAUACUGAAUUUUUUUUGAUCCUGUGGUCUGAGUACUAGCAACUGGUUGCUGGCUCUAUAUACUUGCUGUAUAUAAAUGUGUGUUUAUUCAUAUGUUAAGGCCUGAACAAACAAUCCUUGG